CUAUUCCAUAUGCCCACUAGUGACUGGCAGCGCUGCCCCCACCCACAUUGCUCAUGUUGUCUUCCUACAUGGCUUCUAUCUUCCUUUAAUUCUAUUUGGUAAAUUGAAGUCAGCUGCUUUACAUAGAAGGCAAAUGUUUGCAGCUGACAGACAAUUGGCUUCUCCCAUGUUGUAGUGAGACUGGUCGGACUGGUUCCUGCCAUCUCUCUCAUAAUUAUUCCCGGAAUUGGGUCGGCGCUGUGGUGAUCGGCGGUGCGGUUCUGUAGGGCGGUGUAUCUCCGGACCUCGGUCUGUGCUGCGGGCGGCAGGAAGUUUAGAAGAGCGGCCCCCGUGUGAGGGAAGAGAGGAAGGAGUGUGGAGGACACGACCCGGCCCAUUCCAGACAUGGUGAUCAUGAGCGAGGCUGUGUGUGACCCAGAAGAGCCCAGGAGGCCCCUCAAGAGAGACCCCAAAGUGCUGCCUGUGCUCUCUGAAUUGGAGAAUGGGCCUGAUGAAAAUAAGGUUACUAAGCCAUAUCCUAGUCCUCAAGUCGUGAUUGGUGAUGCAGACGUAACUGAAACCCGGCAAAAACUAUCCCUGUCAAGGUCAAAGACUUAUGAUUCCUCAUUAACCCUCGACAUGAAGAAUGACACAAUGAAGCUUGAAAGGAAAAAAUCUACUUCAAGCCAGAUUUCCAAGGCAAAUGCACAGUUUCAUAAGCUGUUUAAGGAUGUACAAAAGGAUGAGACGUUAAAAGAAAAUUUUACCUGUGCAUUGCAAAAGGAAAUUUUGUAUCAAGGAAAGUUAUACAUUUCAGAGAAUUGGAUAUGUUUCCAUUCAAAGGUUUUUGGGAAGGACACAAAGAUUGCUAUUCCAGCUCUUGCUGUAACAAUGAUAAAGAAAACAAAAACAGCUCUUCUAGUGCCAAAUGCCUUGCUUGUUGCUACAGUAACUGAUAGGUUCAUAUUUGUGUCUUUGAUGUCUCGAGAUUCUACCUACAAGUUAUUAAAAUCUGUGUGCAGCCAUUUAGAUAAUAUUAGCACUGGAAACAGCCCAAAUCCUUCCUUAGAAAACAGUUACAGAGGAGAGCGUCCUGCAUCAUUUCCCCUUGACCUCAGUGUAGAUUUUUCAGAAAUAGAUGGUUUGGUGCAACAACGGAGAAAGGAUUUAGAAGAAUAUAGUAGCACUGGCUCUCAAACCCCGGAGUCUGAACAUUCUCAAGAUUUCCAGGAGCAAGAGAAGAAUAUUAUUUCAACGUCUCCUACGCCUAGAAUUUUGGAUAAACCUUUGAAGGGCUCUGAAAAAGUGAAAUUGCCUGAAGGAAGUAUUGUUCACAGAAGUUUUUUUCGAAGAGUGGAUUUUCAGCAAGUGACGUCUUUGAAUGGUUUGCUUUUCUUCUAUGCAGUUCUAGUGUGCAUCCUGAUUGUCUCAACCUUCUAUAUGCAGUCAAGAAUUCUGUUUCUGGAGGAACGCCUCUCUUUUUUGGGCUCAGCAAGAGAAACUGCUUUGAAAGAAUGGACUGUAGAAAAAGGUGUGGGGAGUUGGCAAAUAAAUGCUAAUGCGAUCUGUGAGGAAUUAACAGCAAAUCUAGCUAAACUAGAUCAGAUUCAACGUAAUCUGCAGCAGCUCUUAGAAGAUGAGAAUUAGAACAUGAAGGGUCUUCCCGUUAUUUACCUACAUCUUUGAUCCAUCUCUGCUGGACAGAGUUUUACAAAAAGCCUUGUAUAAAUGAACUUUCUAUAGAAGCCACGUCUCAUCUCAGGAAUGUUUACGAUUAUUGCCUUGGUUUCUGAAUGUAGCAAAAGCGAUAUAAAUUAUAUUUCCAUAUUACAUUCCUUGCUUCUAAUUUUGAGAAUGAAGCCUUACUACAUUUCGCUAUAAAAUAGACUGUUUUGCACAUCUUUCUAAAAGAUACUGUAAGAAGCACUCCUACUCCUUCUUUGUCUUAUUUGUAAAGUUCUUUGUCUGGAACCAAAAAAGUCUUCAUAUUUUGUUCUACAGUACUGCUGCCACUUUACUUGGAACCAGACUCAACUAUGCUACGAGAAUGAAGAAUGUAACCUCAUUUUUUUAGAAUAGAACCUUAUUUAAUUCCAGGGUGUCCAACCUGUGGUGGCUCUCCAGCUGCUUAGUUUCUGUGCAACCACAAGUUGGAGAGCACAUUUUUUAAAUAGUUAAAACUAAAAAACCUUUUAAAGAACGUAGCGUUCCUUACACCACAUACGUGAGGAUGUAGUAUCUCCUCCUGAUUUUUUUUUAUUGAUUUUUUUUGUAGUUUUGCUCCCCCUUAGAUAUUAGUGAUCACUGUAAUAUCUAAGAUCAUUUACACUGUCCAAUGUAGCUUUCUGUUUUUUUUUUUUGUUUUUUUUUUUGUUUUUUUUAAUACUAGUCAUUUUAUAGUAUAUUAACUAGGUUAGACAACCUUUUUCCACAGGACAUAGUGUGCCUUGUACUUUUUUCACAGAAAACUAAAACACAAGGUCCGUUUUAUUUAUUUUUUCCCGUCACCUAUUCAGUAUGGUGCAGUAAAUGUCAGUCUGCGUUUUUUUCUUUUUUUUUUUUACACUGCUAGAAAAUAAUUGUGUAAAUGUAAUUUAUAUUUAAUGUUUGUUUUGUAAAUGUCAACUGACUUUAACAUGUUUACUUGGUACUGUCUGGAAUUCAGCAAAGGGCAAAGUUGGGCCACCAAGAAGUGUACAGUGUACUGAUCUGCAACGUGAUGGGUCAAUGGCAAUGUUGAUUUCAAUGGUUGUUUUUUCUUUUAUUUUUCUCUGGUUUUUCAGUUUUGUAGUGACUGCUCCUUUAUGGGUUUGUCAAUGUGGAUUUAUUGUAGAUUUGUAAAGAGAAGAUAUUUUUGUAAAGAUUACGCCAUCUGCAACACUCUUGGAAAACAGUUGAGUAUAUUAAGCUGUUAUGUUGUGAACUGUACUUUUUAAACCAUUUCUGUGAAAUGUUUGUGAUAUCGUUAAAAGCAUUAAAUAAACGUACUGUAACUUAUGCAUUCAAAAAUGGAGAUGUCUGAAGUUGUUGCUGCAUGCAAUAUUUAUAGAU